AUGACAGAAAGUUGGUCAAUCGGACCAACUUUUCAUUUUGGUCCACACGCUUUGCUUCCUGCCAGUGAUCUUCAUAUAUUGCGCAAUAUACUUCAGUGUAAAGAUUGUUGGUUUAGACGUUUGUACCAUCAACUGGUAGCCAAGGAUUUACGGUCGACUCAAAAAAGUGUAAAGUCAAAAUCCAACAAAAUAUUCGCUUCAUCUUCACCAUUUCACAACCUUACACGAGCCAUCCAAGCAGUGUUACGUGGCUUCAAUUUAAAUCGCAACUGUCCGACAGAAAUUGAAUGCGAAACAACAAAUUUGACUUCUCUGCUUCACCUAGACACAAAAUCUGAUCAUCAUCAUCAUAUAACUCUGGUCAGUACGAAACUGUGUGUAAGAAAACGUUAUUGGGUUUGUCCAUGUCAUGGUCGUCAGCUAUUCGACUUACUCUAUUGUAGUGAUGAUCUUAGUAUUCCUGAAAAAGAUGGGCUAGGUCUUCAUCUUAAUAUUCGAUCAAUAAUUCCCCAAGGUCACUCCGACUUCUUUCGCUCUGUUGAGAUAUCCAGCUCCUCAGAUGAAAGCGACUGUCCCGAACCAACGUUCUCAGUGAAGAUCAGUUAUGCACCUAAGUUGUAUGUAUUACACUCGACUAAAAAUUCUCAUAAGAAAUUACCACCAGCAGAUGCUACUUCAGCUUGUUUCACAUUGCCGUCGAAACUUGGGAACAAACGACUGAGUGAAGUAAAUAGAAAGUGGUCAUUUAAAUAUAGUGUAAAUAAUGUGGUGAAAAAAGAGGUGCCUGGUAAGAGUGGGACGUCAGAUUCCUAUUCUGUUGAUAAAACUCUCGACAGUUCAAGACGUGUACGUUUUCCUAGCGGGAAUCCUGUCUCCGCUGUCUACAACCUACGAACAUAUGCUACAGCAAGCAGAUUAGAACGAUCCAAUCGGAUUUGGGAGAUAGAAGCAAGAUCUCGUUAUUGUGAUCGUCUAAAGUAUUUAAUAUCAGAAGGUUACGAACCUGAUGUAGCAUCACAGCUAGCGGGGGACGAUGAUGAUCCCACUGAAACUAAACAUGAAUUAAUCAAUGAUAGUGUAGAAAAAUUAAAAGACUUACAGUCCACUGGUGGUGAGCCGUCUAAGCAGGCAAAAAGGCGACGCCGUAAACGUCAUCGUAAAAAUAAACGUGAUGACAAAUCUCAGUGCCCUCCACAUGUACAUAGUCCCACAGAUUCUAGUUUUCUAGUGAAUGGAAUGAACUGUAACUAUCAGAAAUUUGUAUAGCUUGAUGAACCUCGCACAUAUUAUAUUACGAGCAAGUUAUUUGUUUAUUCUUUUAUACUGUUCAGUGAAUAUCUCUAUCUAUCUGUGAUAUUUGCUUUAAAUUUGAUUGUAAAUUAUUUUUCUAUACAGAAUCUCAUUGUACUGGUUUACUGGUAUAAAAUUACUUUUAAGAAAACGUUCACUCUUUACACUUUAUUCCGUACGUUUUUGAUAUCACUAGUACCACUGGGUAUCGUAGGUUAUCCGAGCGGGCUUUCCACUCAAAACAAAAAAAUGAGAAUGUUUAAGCGUUCAAAAUUUUGCGAAAUUUCUUCGUCAGGCAAGGUUCCAGGAGUC